GUCAAGUCGCACACACAAAGAGUGUACGAAACGCGCCACUGACUGAACGAGAUGCGAACGCGUGUAGUUCGGCGGUGAGAUUAGUGUGCAACGCCGUGCGCUUACAAAAUCACCACCAAACACUGUCGAUAUCAUUAUCAACAUGGCUCCCCCGCCGUCUACCUCCUCUCCAGAAUCUACCACCGAUACUCCUCCCUCUGCUAUGCUGAACUACCGCCGGAUUCCCCACCUCGUACCUAUCUGCAACGACCUCAGCGCCUCCGCCCUAGCUCAAUCCACUCCCGCGCGGCAAAUGGAUGAUGAUGCUUCCGCUACUGUUCCUGUCUCCCGCACUCUCUAUUCACGGCCGGUCAUAGGAAUCCUCACUCAUCCCGGCGAUGGCGCCUCCGGUCGCCUCAACAACUCUCCUAAUGUUUCAUACAUUGCGGCCUCGUAUUCCAAAUUCGUUGAAUCUGCGGGUGCUAGAGUUAUUCCUCUCAUCUAUAAUGAACCUUGGGAGGUUCUUCAACGAAAACUGAGUUUGGUUAAUGGAGUGAUCUUCACAGGAGGCCGGGCCAAACGAGGUGUUUACAUUGAGGCUGUUGAAUCAAUAUUUAAGGAAGUCUUGAGAAAGAAUGAUGCUGGAGACCAUUUCCCCCUGCUUGCAAUCUGCUUAGGGUUUGAACUGGUGAUCAGGAUUGUGAGUGAGGAUAACAUGAUCCUCGAAAGAUUUAAUGCAGUAGAUCAAUCUUCGACAUUGCAAUUCGUGGAGAACAUAAACAUAAAUGGAACUGUAUUUCAUAGGUUCUCUCCGGCUUUGUUAAAGAAGCUCAGUACAGAAUGUCUAGUGAUGCAACAUCAUAAGUUUGGGAUAUCACCCGAAAAAUUCCAAAAGAACAAGAAAUUGUCUAGCUUCUUCAAGAUCUUAGCAACUAGUGCAGAUGAAGAUGGGAAGGUCUAUGUGUCAACAGUGCAGGCACGGAGAUAUCCAGUGACUGGUGUGCAAUUUCACCCAGAGAAAAAUGCUUUCGAAUGGGGCUUAUCAGGGAUCCCACACUCAGAAGAUGCAAUUCAAGUCUCUCAACAAAUUGCUAACUUUCUUGUAAGGGAGGCCAGAAUGUCCUUAAACAGGCCUUCCUCCCAGGAAGUUCUUGACAAUCUCAUAUACAAUUACACUCCCACUUAUUGUGGAAAAUCUGGGCGAGGGUUUGAUGAGGUAUAUAUUUUCAGCUAGUAGCGGAUGGAUUGGAUCAUCAAGUUUGUGGAUAUUAUACGUGACGUGUACAUAUCGCCCUGUUAAAUUAAGUCCAAAUAUUAAAUACACAAUAAAACAAUUAUAUCCACUCGAUCAUGUAAUAUUGGACUUUCAUGCUAUUUACGUUGUUAUUUAUGUA